AUGGACAAAAAGAUACAAUCAGAAGUCACACGAAUAAUCAAAGGUCAAAACCAAACUAACUCAAGUCCGAAUUAUCAAUAUGGCAACAAUCAUCGAAGGUCAGAUUCAAUAGAUUUUGGUAGACGUGGAAGUGCAACAUCAAUGCUUUCAUUGCAACAUUCUAUUCCGAGUAACACAAACACGCCACCUACAUCGCCCCAAAACCAAUAUAGACAAAACUUUGCAAAGCAAAGAAAAUCAUUAGAGCAGCUACAAUCUUCCCUAGACUUGGUUCCUGAAUCUCAAACAAUAGAUCUAGACAAGAUAACCCGAGAGUACAACAAACAACAAAGGAUCCACAACGAAGCAGAGAUCAACUGGUGCAACUUCUUAAAAGAAAUGCCCUUUGAAACUCAAUGGAGGGCUAGUGAAUCAACUGUCAAUCUUCCAGAAACGUCGGAGAUGUUAUUAAACAAGUUCAAUUCUGAAUAUAACAUACUGGACACCAGUGAAACAACAAAUGUGAAGGGAACAGCACUAAGACGAGCAUUGGGUCGUUUUAGAAAUUCGAGUAGGGUAUUAUCCAAUAGAGUAGGGUCUAAUAGAGAGGAACGCAGUCGUUGA